GACGGCUUAAACACAUUUUACUUCGUUUUCAAAAGAUUUUUCAAGAUUUCUCUGUAAUAACUUGGUUUUACAAGUUGAUUUUUGACCAACGCACUGCUAAGAUGGCCCGCACCGAGCUGGAUAAGAAGGCCAAGCGGCAGGGCAAGAAACGCAAGCACGAGGUGGCCGGGAACACGGAACAUGCGGCCAGCGACGACGAGGUGGCCAACAAAAGUCUGAUUCUGGAGCCACAGGUGGAGCAACAGGCGGCCGAAACAGAUAAACCCCCCAAGAGGCGGCAAAAAGGCGAUGAAGCACCGGCCACCAAGAAGCGCAGCAAGAAAAACGCGGCGGAGGAGCAGGUGGCCACCAGUGGCGGCGAGGAUGCAACCCCCUCGAAGACUCCAAAGAGAAAACAAGCCCAGGAGGCAAGUAAACCCAUUAAGCAGAAGCGCAGCAAGCAGGAAUCCCAGUCAGAGGACGACGAAGAGGAUUCCCAGCCAACGGAGGAGCAACUAAAGGAGGCCGCCCGUCCGGAAAACGCCAAUGCGGUGGUCACGGUGCGCCAAAAGAAGAAGCAGAAGCACCAGCAGCGCCUGGAGGCCCAGCGCAGUCAGAACUCCAACAAGGAGGCCAAAAUCAACAAGGAAUACCUCGUCAAAUGGAAGGAAUCCCGUGCGGAGUGGAAAUUCAACAAACUCCGGCAGAUUUCCAUCCAACAAACCGCCUUCGAUGAGGAAAAACUCGAGGCGGAGCUAUGGCCCACCGCCCUGGAGUAUUUGGCCAGGUCCCAGGGAGCAGCUCGCUCGAAAAUCAGCCAACUGGCCGAGGAGGUGAUCCAAAAACUGGACAAGGAGGGCGAAAAGCUGGAGGACGAGACGGAAAGGCAGAAACUUAUCGAAUCCACGCGGUAUCAGAGGGCUAGAGAUCUCCUCCAAAGCUUCGAUUAGUUCUAUUACGUUAGUUGUUAAUGUUUUC